AUGGCUCUGGCAGCCAACGUGGCGUUGCUGCUGCUACAGAUUGUUCUUUACAGACAGCAAGAGCUUUCCCACGGCGAAAAAGGAGGAAAAUUGAACGACUUAUUGAUAGAACCAGUUGUUGACGAAAUUGUGCUAGAUCGAUUUACCAGUCAUCGCGUUGUGAAGUUAUAUGCUCCCGAACUGACUAAAUUGAGACUUCGCACGCUGAAAAAAGAGGUUACGGACUUGUUUAGCGCUGGUCUUCCUGACAAGAACACACCCGUCACGGUUAUCACUUUGGCAAACCAUUUCUACUAUACACGCAUUAAUGAACUCGAAAUGGACAAAAUUCCAGGUAUCAACCAGCAAAUGCAGACUCAUGUGAACCACGAACGACAACGACAACAGCAACAACAACAACAACAACAAGAUCCGAAAUCAGAGAGCCCGUAA